AUGUAUUUCGUCAACAAUUACACCCCCCCUCUCCCUAAGGGACCUGUCACCUUGCCUGAUCCAACUAAACCAUACGAUCCCCAUUUACAUGCUGUUGCCGUGUUCAACGCUAUUACUGCAAACCCGGAGGUUAUGCGCUAUAUGCCGUGCUCUACCCCAGCCACAAUUGAAGAAUUCGAAGUAUUUUGCGAAGUUUCGUAUCGGCUUGAUACCAGUCGUUGUCUUUACGUAAUUUUAGACAAGACUAAACUUGCUCUUGCUGACGAGGCGGAUGCCAAUAAAGUUAGCAGCGCUCUCUUGGGUACCCUGGCAUACAUAAACGCUUCACGUGAAUUAUCAACGAUCGAACCUGGAUUCAUCAUUAUCUUUCCCCAGUUCCAGCGUACUCAUGUAAACACUCACGCAGUUGGGCUACUAAUGCAGUAUGCCCUCAAUCAACCAAGCGAAGGGGGACUUGGUCUCCGAAGAUGUCAAUGGCAAGCGCAUGCGAGCAACCUUCCUAGUCCUAAGGCUGCAGAACGAUUAGGAUUCAAGCCAGAAGGAACCCUUCGUUGGAACCGGGUCCUCCCUCCAGAGAGAGAAAGUAGUGCGCCUUUCAGAGCCGAUGACUCGCUCGGAAUGCCAGGUCGACACACGGCCAUGUUGGCUAUUUGUUGGGAUGAUUGGGAAAACGGAGGCAAAGAACAUCUGCAGCGGCUUAUAGAUCGUAAAUCAUGA